AUGGCUUCACAGGCCGAUCGGAUAUACCAGCUGGAACAGCAGCUCGAGAAAGAGACUCUCACUGGUAUAACAAAUGCCCUCCUCCUAAUAAGCGGACAGAAGGUUAACGGGGUUCCGGUUACACCUGUUACAAAGCCAAGCAUACGCACAGCGUCGUGGGUCUAUGAACGCUCGGGAUUAGGAGCCAAGAUUAUUCAAGAGCCUGCAUCCCAGGGUUAUGUGUCAUGGAGAGAAUACGAACCUAAUGGCAGAGACCGUGUGCCCAUUGUGAUUCACUACUCCGCUAAGAUGAACGGGGAGACCCGAGAUUGGAAGUUCCAACUCGCCAUUCAUGAUCCUGACCAGUUUUGGAAAUAUUUGCAACACAAUGGCGAUCCAACGACCGAUAUAGAGGAGUAUGAGAAGCUUCUAGCCACCCUCUGGUCACAGACGUAUAAGAUUUCGUUCAAGCCCAAAAGACUCCCGAUUUCCAUGAAAAUUACCAAGAUUGAAACGGUGAACUUCCCAAAGGCUAACAAAUGA